AUUUUGUUUGAAUUUUUUUUUGUUACAAUAUUUUACCAAGUUAGGGUUUUUGUAAAACUGUGUCAUGCCCUUGAUUCUUCUUCAGCGUUAAGAUCAUUCGUUGCCUUUAAAUCAUCACGCUAUUGAUAAAAAUGGACAGUGGAGAAUUAAGUAGGGUAUUCCAAAUAUUUGAUAAGAAUGGAGACGGGAAGAUCGCAAAGAACGAGCUGAGGGAGUUCUUUAAAAGUGUGGGUAUUCUCAUCCCUGAAAAAGAGAUUAAUGAGAUGAUAGCAAAGAUGGAUGUGAAUGGAGACGGAUUCAUGGAUAUAGACGAGUUUGGAUCAUUGUAUCAAGAAAUGAUGGAAGAGAACGAGGAGGAAGAGGACAUGCGAGAGGCAUUCCGAGUAUUCGAUCAGAACGGUGAUGGGUUUAUCACAGGUGAAGAACUGAGGUCGGUUCUUGCAUCGAUGGGUUUGAAACAAGGAAGAACACUUGAAGAUUGCAAGGAGAUGAUCAGUAAAGUUGACGUUGAUGGAGAUGGUAUGGUUAACUUUAAGGAGUUUAAGCAAAUGAUGAGAGGUGGUGGAUUUGCUGCUCUUAGCUCCAGUUAAACGUUCCUUGUAUUUUCCUUUUGUUUCCGCUGACAAUAAUUUUGUGAUAUUUAUCA